UUUACCCUAUUUAGGGUAUGAUUAAAAAUGCCUGACCUCGGACAGCUGCCCUACUUUGGAUGGAACAGUCUCGUGUAGCCGGUACACAAAAUAGUACAUUGCCCGAAAUUUCGGACAAAAAAUCCCAGAAAAUGGCUGCGACAGGCAAAGCAGGUAGUUUGUCAACCUGGCAAAAAUUUUACUCGGCUUUUCGUGUAUGGUAUGUAAAUGCAGCAGGUUAUCGCCAAAUGGGUUUAAGAGCUGAUGAUCUUCACAUGGAAGAAAACCAAGAUGUAAGUAAGGCUAUCAGUCGCUUACCAGAAGAAGUGCAGUAUCAGAGAAUUUUCCGUAUUAAACGUGCAUUAGAUUUAUCGAUGAAACAUCAAAUUCUGCCAAAGGAAGAUUGGACCGACCCAAAGGAGGACGUAUUUUAUUUGAGUCCUCUGAUCGAACAAGCGAAAGCUGAACGAAUAGAGCGCGAACAGUGGGAUCGAAUAUAAAGAUGGCGGGAUCGAAUAUAAAGAUGGCGGGAAUAUGUUAGAAUUUGUAUAUUGUUACUAGGAGAAAUAAAUGUUUGCAAGUCUU